UGAUUCAAUGUAAAAUUUGUGACAAUGCUGAAGGAUCCUUCUUUUCCAGAAGCUUCGACCAAAACCCUACUAAACCCCUUUCCACCUUCCCAUUCUUCGCCCUCGACGCUUCCUUUCUACUACUGAUCUCAAUCCCUUCCUUCUUUUGCUUCAUUCAACCUUCGUCGCUAUGCACAAGCUCUCCAGGCGCUCCGUCACUGCCAUCCUUCGCUCUGGUGGAGCUUACAACCACCGACAUGCUGCCUCCGCUUUGCCUCCGGCUACUCAUGCCUCUCACCUCUCCCAUUCGGUGGUUGAGAGUGAUGUUAAUGUUAGACGGUACUCAUUGUUAACGGUUGGCCAGUUGGAUUCGGCAAAACCUUCCUCUCAAUUGAAUCUGAAGCAUACUUUUUCAUUGGCCCGAUUUGAAUCAACUGCCACAGCGUCUGAUGCAUCAGCUACUCCUCCAGUUGAGAAGUACGAGUAUCAAGCAGAGGUGAGUCGUCUCAUGGACCUCAUUGUUAACAGCUUGUACAGCAACAAGGAAGUUUUUCUUCGGGAGCUUAUAAGCAAUGCAAGUGAUGCCUUGGAUAAGCUGCGCUUUCUGAGUGUUACAGACUCUGGACUAUUGAAGGAAGCAGUUGAUUUCGAUAUACGCAUCCAAACUGAUAAAGAUAAUGGAAUUUUAAGUAUAACUGAUACUGGAAUAGGCAUGACUAGGCAAGAACUUGUUGACUGCCUUGGUACUAUUGCCCAGAGUGGAACUGCAAAGUUCUUGAAAGCGCUGAAGGAUAGCAAGGAUGCUGGUGGAGACAAUAAUUUAAUAGGUCAAUUUGGUGUUGGAUUCUAUUCUGCAUUUCUGGUUGCUGACCGGGUGGUUGUGUCUACAAAGAGCCCCAAGUCUGAUAAGCAAUAUGUGUGGGAAGGUGAGGCAAAUGCUAGCUCGUACACUAUUAGAGAAGAAACAGAUCCUGAGAAGCAACUCCCGAGAGGAACCUGCCUUACAUUGUAUUUAAAGCGUGAUGACAAAGGUUUUGCUCAUCCAGAGCGCAUUCAGAAGCUUGUGAAAAACUAUUCACAGUUCGUUUCAUUUCCAAUAUACACCUGGCAGGAGAAGGGUUUCACUAAAGAGGUAGAAGUUGAGGAGGAUCCAACUGAAGCUAGCAAGGACGGACAGGAUGGAAAAACUGAGAAGAAGAAGAAAACAAAGACUGUUGUGGAGAAGUACUGGGACUGGGAACUCACUAAUGAGACCCAACCAAUAUGGCUUCGGAACCCAAAGGAAGUCUCCACAGAGGAUUACAAUGAAUUCUACAAAAAAACUUUUAAUGAGUACUUGGAUCCAUUAGCGUCAUCUCACUUCACAACAGAGGGUGAAGUAGAAUUCAGGUCAAUACUUUAUGUUCCAGCUGUUUCGCCUGUGGGAAAGGAGGAUUUUUUCAAUUCCAAGACUAAAAAUAUUAGGCUUUACGUGAAAAGGGUGUUUAUUUCAGAUGAUUUUGAUGGAGAAUUGUUUCCUCGAUACUUAAGCUUUGUCAAGGGUGUUGUGGACUCAAAUGACCUUCCUCUAAAUGUUUCACGUGAAAUCCUUCAAGAGAGUCGAAUAGUACGAAUCAUGAGGAAGAGAUUGGUCAGGAAAGCUUUUGACAUGAUUCUAGGCCUCUCCAUGAGUGAGAAUAAAGAAGAUUAUGAUAAGUUCUGGGAUAAUUUUGGAAAGCAUUUGAAAUUGGGUUGCAUUGAGGACUCUGAGAAUCAUAAACGAAUUGCUCCACUGCUUCGAUUUUUCUCUUCUCAAAGUGAAGAAUAUGUGAUUAGUCUUGAUGAAUAUGUUGCAAACAUGAAACCAGAGCAGAAAGAUAUCUAUUAUAUUGCUUCUGACAGUGUCACUAGUGCAAAAAAUACUCCCUUCCUUGAGAAACUUCUUGAAAAGGGUCUUGAAGUCUUAUAUUUAGUUGAUCCAAUUGAUGAAGUUGCCAUCCAGAACUUGAAAUCGUACCAAGAGAAAAACUUUGUUGACAUUAGCAAGGAAGAUUUGGAUUUAGGUGAUAAGAACGAAGAGAAGGAAAAAGAAAUGAAACAGGAGUUCGGCCAAACUUGUGAUUGGAUUAAGAAACGCUUGGGAGACAAAGUAGCCGGUGUUCGGAUAUCAAGUCGCCUAAGUUCUUCACCCUGCGUUCUUGUUGCUGGAAAGUUUGGUUGGUCUGCCAACAUGGAGAAGCUGAUGAAGACACAAAGUGUCAGCAAUGCCUCUAAUUUUGACUUCAUGAGAAGUAGAAGGGUGUUUGAAGUCAACGCCGAGCACCCAAUUAUUAAAAACCUGGAUGCUGCAUGCAAGAGUAACCCCAGUGAUGAAGAUGCUUUGAGAGCCAUUGAUCUUCUGUAUGAUGCAGCUUUAGUUUCCAGUGGCUUUACGCCUGAAAAUCCGGCCCAGCUGGGUGGUAAGAUAUAUGAGAUGAUGGGCAUGGCACUUUCCGGCAAAUGGUAUGUACCUCAACCACAAUCUCAAUCGCAACCAGAACCAUUAGAAGCAGAAGUUGAACCAGUCGAAGCUGACAACCAAAAGUGAAUACUAGACAUAGGAGAGUGGACCGUAUGUAGGAUGGGGGAGUACUAAAAGAUGUACGAGAAAUUUUGUCCAUGAAGUUUGUAGGAGGGGGGAGGAUUUAAUUAUUAUUCCACUCCAAACUGCUAGUUUUGUCCUUGGAAUCAAUUGAUCUCUUUUGUUUUCCCAUUUCUUCUUAAUGCUCAUCCAUUCGAAAUAUUACUAAGAAAUUUCUAACAAAAUUUCCUUAAUUGA